AUGAAGCUGACGAGUACUAGUGCUGUGUGUGUGACUCUUGUUGUCGUUGCCCUUGCCCUCGUUGUUGACGGCCGCAAGUCGUUCAUUACCGGCAACACGCUCUCGGACCGAUUCCUCGGCUAUGACGAGGAGAAGGAUGACUUUGCUGUGGAAGACUACGCUGCGUGGAUUGUGGAGCGGGCGCUGAUUGUGCUUCUCAUUGGCCUCAUCCAUCUCUUCCUCAUUCCGACCUUCCUCAUUCUCCGUUGCUGCUGCUCGUGCUUUGGUGGUCGCGCCACCAAGUUCUCCAACUGGUCCACCGCUACGCUCGGCUGCCGCCAUGGCUCGCCGCGUAAGCACUACUCGGUGAAGUGGGUCCGCGUCCUCAUCUUCUUUGUCCUCGCCUGUGCCGUUGGCGUUGGCAUCUUUACUGUCAUCGGCCUUGCCGGCAACGGCACCUUCCAGAAGGGCGCCACCGAGACGACCGACGACAUGGUUGUCGCCUCGGCUGACCUGCGCAACUCGGUUGUCCGCGUCCGCAACCGCAUCGCCGGCGUCUCGGUCACCUCAGACAACGCCGCAGAGAUGGAUCCGGCCGUCACAGCUGGUAACGACAUUGUCAAGCGCGGCAACGACAUCGACGAUGCUUUUGACACUAUCAAGACCAUCCUCAACAUCUUUGUCUACAUCUACUUUCUCAUCCCCAUGGUGCUCACCGUCGUCGCCGUCCUCUUUAUGCUCUUCCGCAUCACCAAGUGCCAUGCCUUUAUCUGCUUUGCCAACUGCAACUGGUUCGUGGUCUUCAUCCUCGCCGCCGUCAUGACCGCCUUUGUCGCCCUCAACCUCCUCCUCGACGAUGCGUGCAAGGAGGUGACCUCGUUCCGCAGCGACUCGUCGUCGUCAUCGCGCCGCCUCUUCAACGACGCCCUUAACUGCGCCAAGAACUCGUCCGAUGGCUCCGGCCUUGGCGCGCUCACCAAGGUCGCCCGUGAUGGUAUCGCCGAGGCCCGUACCGCUGCCUGCCAGGCUGUCUCCUCGCUGUGCGGACAGGGCAACACAGACUGCUCUGCACAGCCAGCCACCUGCAACUCGGACAACGUCAACUCCUACCGCGCCUCCACCAUCACCACUACCCGCACCGAUGGCAACACGGGGCCCAUCACCUUUGUCCAGUGCGCCUCGCUCUGCGCUAUCUCGUCGGAGCAGCAGCUCGCCGACCGCUACAACGACACCACCGCCGACGCCGACAUCCUCACCGUCAUCAUCGACGAGGACAUCCAGCCCAUUGUCCAGUGCAACUUUAUUGACCGCAUCGUCGUUGACAUCGACGUCAACGUCUGCGAGACCGCCCACGCCGGCGUCCGCCUCAUGAUCGCUGCCGCCUUCUUCCUCGGCCUCCUCUACGACAUGCUCUCCGUCUCGUACCAGCGACAAGGCUGCCGCCCCGCCUUUGGCGCCGCCGCCGCCGGCGCCAACUACUCCAGCGCCUACUCGGACGACGAGGCCGCCCUCACCUCGCUCGACAACUCGUCUGACGCCACCUCGACUGGUUCGGCCACAGGCUCUGCCACCGGCUCGGCCACCGGCUCUGCCACUGGAUCGACGUCGGCCUCGGCCUCGUACUCGUCGUAAUUAACUUUACCUCGGCAGGACGUGCUGAACAGUUCCUGUGUCCUACCCGCUCCGCGCGAUUUGUUCUCCC